AUGGCCUCAUCCGAACUGUCCGAUGGGCUCCUUAGAUCCGAUUUAUCCACGCCUGAAAAACUAAAUGGAAUUCCCUCACCAUCAUCAUCAUCAAACACAUUCCAUUCUCUUUCGACACAAGCACAAAUUUGGGCGUUAUAUGGGCAACGUCAACAACAACCAUUCGUGAAUUAUAAUCAAUGUCCAACUCCAUUUCCCCCUCCUACAUCAAAACCACCAAAAACUAUCACGUUUCAACCGCCAGAACAAGACACUUUAGAUAAAAAUUAUUUUGAAACAUUUGACAUCGAUAACAAAGCUCAGAGUCCGCAAAAAGAAAAAACUAAUGAUGAAAUUCCUUCUUUCGGUCUUCAACCGCCACCGACGGUCACAACUAGAAACAAUAAUUCUCCAGAUUUAAUCGAUAUGAAUAUGGAUGUUAACAACAACAAUAAAAAUGAUCUUUCCAAAGCAAACAUAAUCGAAUUCUUUGAUCCAGUGAAACGAUUGCAAAGAAAUUUAGACCAGACCAGUCGACCUCAUUCUUGGCCGUACAAUUUAACACAAGCAGGAAGUCCUAAAACUGAAACUCCUACCAUUAGUCCUGUUACAAGUGAACAAAGGAAAAUUGAAAAAGAACAUUUUGUAGAAAAAACAAGUUCACCGACAUCACCUCCUAUUCGUCUAUCAAACCCAAACUAUUAUCCCUAUCCAAUUAGAUUAAAAUUUGAACUAUCUACGUUCGAUGAAAUAAAAGCAUUUAGUGAUCUUGUACAAAAAAUUAAAAGUGAACGAUCCGAUAAUCAACAAAAACAGCCAUCUUUUGAUCAAUCAAAAGAUGAUCUAUUUUAUUGUGAACGUGUAAAUCGUUUAACACCUCAACAUUUAGAACAAAAACAUAGUAUUGUAACAAUUCAAAUAUACGCAAAUGGUUCUAAAGAACCGUUACGUUUAAAUAAUAUCAGUUUAAUGUCAACUGUUGAACAUCUAUUAUAUCAAUUAUUAGAACUAAUUCAAUUUGAUUUACCAAAUGCUUUAUUAAAAUUACGUAAUCGUGAAGAAUAUUUACGUAAUGAAGAUGUUUUAUGUGAUAUUGAAUAUGUUUACAAUUGUUUACAAUCGUUACAACCGUUACAAUUUGUUCUAACAGAACGUCCACCUUAUUGUAAUCAAACUCCACAAACGACAAUAUCAUCAAAAUCAUUUGAACAAUUUUGUAUUGAACAACAAGAUGAACACUAUCGACAUUCAUACGAUAAUUUGCAAACAUCUUCUAGUUCAACAUCAACGGGUUUAUCAAGAACAUUAUCGACAAGAUAUCCAACAAUGACGAAUCAACCAAAUUUAGCUCGUUCAUCACAUGCACCAUUUCUAGCAUCUGAUCCAUUAUGGUUAAAAGCAUUUAAGCAGGAUAUCGAUUUUAUUUUGAAACAAGUUGAACAACGAAUUAAUAAAUUAUUAUCAUUUUUAUUAGAUCAAAAUACUACAAAUAAUCUUGAGGUUGAACAACGGAAAAUAAUCAAUGAAUUAUUUGGUUUUAUCAAAAAUAUUCAAGUAACAUGCUCAUAUAUUGAAUCAUUUUUAAUUGUUGAAAAACAACGAGAAUUACGAUUAUACAUUGAUAAAAUAACAAGACAAUCUUUAUCAAAGGAAAUAUCCUCUGAAUUAUCGUCAGCUAGUAACAAUAAAGAGUUAAUUAGAUUAUUAUAUGAACUUGUUGUUACUCUAGUCAAUUAUGUGAGAACAUAUUGUAAUUCGUAUUUAAUUCCAUAUAAACUUUAUUUAAAUGAUGAACAAAAUAAUGAUAUUAAUAUCGAACAAUUAGCGAUAGCAUUACAAAAACAAGAUCAAUCAUAUUUAAAUGUUGAACAAAAAGUAAAAUGUCCAAUUACAGAAUCAUCUGAAUCAUUUCGAGUUUAUAUUGAUGGUCUAUUUUGUUUAGCCGGUGACAAUUGGCCUCAAUAUAAAUCUUUACGUGUUGUUUGUCGUCUAUGUUAUGGUAAUCGUACAAAAAGUCGACAAAUAACAGAUUUAAUGUCAAUUAAAAUUCAACCAAAGUAUCCAUUAUUAUCAUCAUCUACUAACAGUCACAUGUCAGCCAGUUUAAAACCACAAGUAUUAUUUGAUCAAUGGUUAUCAUUUCAUGAUGCACAAUUAUGUGAAUUACCGAGGGAAGCUGUGCUAAUGUUUGAAAUAUUUGCACUUGAAAAAACAGAUGUAAAUAGUAGUGGUAAUGGUUUACCAGUAACACAACAUUAUCAAUCUUUAACAAUGAUGACUGACGGUUCACAAAUGAAAUUAAUUGGUUGGUGUUCUCAAUCACUAUUUGAUGAUAAAAAUUGUUUAAUACAAGGUGAAAAAUAUUUGGGCGUAUUUUCAUCUGAAACAUCGAUGCCAACAGGAUUCUAUUCAUUGAGAAAUGUUUAUGAUAGAGAUUGUCCAAUAUUGAGUGUUACAUUUUUAAUGGAAAAUAGUAUUAUGUAUAGAUGGCCAGAUAUAAAACCAAGAGGUGAUAUGAAAAUAGAAAAUUUUACAAAAUUAGAUCAUACUAAACAGGAAAAAUUGAGUAAAUUAUUAAAAACACCAUCAUUACUUAUUAAUGAUCAUAAAUCAAUGUAUAUUAUAAAUAAUGGAGAUAUUCAGUAUAAAAAAUCACCAGAAUUACAACAACGUCAACAAUCAAAAGAACGAGCAAUUGCAUUUAACUAUGAAACAGAUUUUUCAGAUGAUGAAGCUCAUUUAAUCUGGUCAUGUCGUCAUUGUCUGAUUCAACAAUCUUAUGCAUUACCAAAAAUUUUAAGUUCUCGUCAUGUCUGGGAUUAUCCAUCAUUAAUUGAUAUCUACGGUGUUCUCGAAGAAGUAAAACGUGAUCAUCCAAUUGAUUUAUUAGAAUCAUUUGAAUUAUUAUUACCAUCAUUUCCCGAUAUGUCUGUACGUCAAUUUGCUUAUAAAUCAUUAUUUUCAAAUUUAAACGAUUAUAAUCUCAGUUUGUAUCUACCACAAUUAUUACAAAUAAUUAAAUAUGAUUAUCUUUUAUGUUUUGGUGAUAAUUCAUCUGUACAAGAAUAUCUUCUUAAAUCUUCGUUAAAUGAUCCUCGUCUUCUACAUAAACUCUACUGGCAAUUACAACAAUUAUUAGUCUAUGAAAAAGUUCAUUAUUUAAAAUAUUAUUAUUUUCUCAUGUCAUUGCUAUAUUUAAUUGAUGAUAAAUUUCGUCUCGAAUUAAAACGUGAAUAUGAAAUGUGUACAAUACUUAAACAAAUUGCAUUCAAUUUAAAACAUAAAAAAAAUGCACAACGUACAUUAUUUUUACAUGAACAAUUGAAAAUAUUUGAUGAACAAUUUUUUCAAAAUGGUAAACAACCAUGUCGAUUACCUUGUCAAUUUAAUUUUAUGUCAAAUGGUUUGGAUAUACAAUCAUGUACUUAUUUUAAAUCAUUAACAUCACCAUUAAAAUUAGUUUUUAAUCCAAUUGAUUCUGCUUGUGACAAAUAUUAUUCAAUAUAUAAAAAUGGUGAUGAUUUAAGACAAGAUCAAAUUGUUAUUUUGUUACUUAAUUGUAUGGAUUAUUUAUGGAAACAAAAUGAUUAUGAUUUCAGAUUAAUUUUAUUUAAUGUUGUUCAAACAUCAAAUCGAUGUGGAUUUAUCGAAAUGGUGACAGAAUGUGAAACAUUAAGAGAAAUAGAAUCCAAAAAUGGAGUUGUUAAAGGUGCAUUCAAAGAUGAAUCAUUGGCAGAUUGGUUGAAACUACAUAAUCCAACAGAUAUCGAAUAUAAAAAAGCGGUGGAAAAUUUUACAUAUAGUUGUGCUGGUUAUUGUGUUGCUACGUUUAUUCUUGGAAUUGGAGAUAGACAUAACGAUAAUAUUAUGUUAAAACAAUCAGGACAUCUAUUUCAUAUUGAUUUCGGAAAAUAUUUGGGAGAUACACAAAAGUUUGGAUCAUUCAAUCGUGAUCGUGCACCAUUUAUAUUCACAAAAAACAUGUGCUAUGUUAUUAAUGGUGGUGAAGUAUCUGGUCAAUCAUUUCAUCGUUUUGUUGAUUUAUGUUGUGAUGCAUUUUCUAUCAUCCGUCAAAAUAGAAAUUUAUUACUAUUACUUUUAACUCAUCUAUGUGAUUCAAAUAUUCCUGGUUUAACGUAUGAUGCUGUUAGAUUUGUCUACGAUCGUUUAUUACCAACAAUUAGUAAUGUUGAGAGUAUAACACAAUUUACACAUUUUCUAACAGAAAGUUUAAAUAAUUCUUGGACACAAAUUAAUUUUGCUAUUCAUUCGAUUGCACAAGGAAAUCUUGGUAAUACAAACACUCCCUCAUCGGCUGGUCAUAGUCUACUGUCAUUUGUACCAAAAACAUUUACAAUUGCCACAGAUGGACGAGUUAAAUCGGCACAAGUUGUCGGCUAUGAAAAACGAUCAAGACCAGUUAAACAUUAUAUUUAUAAGAUUAAAGUUGAACGUAUUCAUACUGAUAAUUUAACAUCGACAAAAAACCAACAAAUUACCUACGUUUAUCGUACGGCAAUGGAAUUUUUUGAAUUUCAUGAAAAAUUAACGAAACAAUUUCCAUUAAUCGGUGUUGAAUUAAAAUUUGCACAUAGAAAUGAAUAUAAAACUGUGGCACAAACAAGAGUGGUGCAUUUAAAUACAUAUCUAACAAGUUUGUUUAAUUUGGCUAGCGAAAUUGUUGAAUCAGACCUCGUUUGUACUUUCUUUCAUACGAUUGCACGUGAUCAACAAGCGACUGAAUUACGUCCAAAAUCAAAUGAUUCGACAACACAUGCUUAUGAUUUACAAGCCUCUCAAGCAAAAAUAAAAAUUCAUUUAAAAUAUGAAGAGGGCAAAUUGUUUAUAUCUAUCAGAUAUGCAAGUAAUUUGCCUCUGCGUGGUGGUGCACUACCAAAUCCCUAUUGUAAAUGUUAUUUGUUUCCCGAUGCAGAUAAAUCAACUAAACGAAAAGGAAAAAUUGUACUUGGAUCAAAAAAUCCGACAUUCAAUGAUAUGUUUACUUAUGAAAUGCCGUUACACGAAAUUCAACGUCGUGUCUUACGUGUAAGUGUAUGGAAUUCUGGAUUGUUGCCAACAAAUGAUAACUUGGGAGAAGUUGAUAUUGUUUUGUCAAAAAUCGAUUGGUCAAAAGAAAAUGCAAGAGAUUACGUGUUUAAUACACCUGAAGCAUGGAUUGAUACAUGA